AUUUGUUCGGACCGUGCUACCAUUUUCUCAGGAGUUUCAGAGAGAUAAGCAGCCUAAUGCACAGCCGCAGUAUCUCUAUGGAUCGAAGGCAUUGAAUCUUGCUUAUUCCAGCAUCUACAGUAACUACAGGAAUUUUGUUGGUCCCCCUCACUUUAAAGUCAUCUGUAGACUUCUUGGUUAUCAGGGUAUUGCUGUGGUGAUGGAGGAGUUACUGAAAGUUGUCAAGAGCCUGUUACAAGGGACGAUUCUUCAGUAUGUCAAGACCCUAAUGGAAGUGAUGCCUAAGAUCUGUAGGUUACCAAGACAUGAGUAUGGUUCUCCAGGUAUAUUGGAGUUUUUUCACCAUCAGUUGAAGGACAUAGUUGAAUAUGCAGAACUGAAGACUGUCUGCUUCCAGAAUUUGAGGGAAGUGGGAAAUGCUGUCCUGUUUUGCCUCCUCAUUGAACAGAGCCUGUCCCUAGAGGAGGUGUGUGACCUGUUGCAUGCGGCGCCGUUCCAAAAUAUCCUGCCCAGAGUUCACGUCAAAGAGGGUGAAAGACUCGAUGCUAAAAUGAAGAGACUAGAAUCAAAAUAUGCUCCGCUACACUUGGUUCCUCUUAUUGAAAGACUAGGCACACCCCAGCAAAUAGCGAUCGCAAGGGAAGGGGACUUGCUGACCAAAGAACGCCUCUGCUGCGGCCUGUCCAUGUUUGAGGUUAUCCUGACGAGGAUUCGCUCCUUCCUGGACGAUCCCAUCUGGCGCGGGCCCCUGCCCAGCAACGGGGUGAUGCACGUGGACGAGUGCGUGGAAUUCCAUCGCCUCUGGAGCGCCAUGCAGUUCGUCUACUGCAUCCCUGUGGGAACGCACGAGUUCACGGUGGAGCAGUGCUUUGGGGACGGCUUGCACUGGGCUGGCUGUAUGAUCAUCGUACUUUUGGGACAGCAGCGUCGCUUCGAUGUGUUGGAUUUCUGCUACCACCUCUUGAAAGUCCAAAAGCAUGAUGGCAAAGACGAGGUUAUAAAGAACGUGCCUUUGAAGAAAAUGGUCGAGAGAAUUCGCAAGUUCCAGAUUCUGAAUGACGAAAUAAUUGCUAUUUUGGACAAGUAUCUGAAGUCCGGCGAUGGAGAGAGCACACCCGUGGAACACGUGCGCUGCUUCCAGCCACCUAUCCAUCAGUCCCUUGCCAGCAACUAGACUUUCCACCUUAACGAUAAAAGUAUGAGAAAGGAAGAAAACCCCAACCCACAAAACACACCCAGCAGUUUUAAGGCGUCCUGUCGCCUGCAUUUUUCAGUAUGCCUGUGCCAUGUGAGUGGUGCACUGUCCUCUUCAGUCUCCAAGCACAGUAACUGUAUACGAUCGAUACUUAUUUUUCUAGACUAAAAUUUUAUACACUUUGAUUAAAAACCUGUGACUG